AUGGCCGAUUUACAAGGACAACAAACCCAAUCACCUCCCACCAUCCUUCAACCUCAGCAAGACGACCAUCCCCUCUCCUUGCGGCCUGGCGGAUCGAGAUCUGGCUCUCCUCAACCACAACAGGCUCUUCUCUCCAGCUACGAGCAGCUUGAGACAGAUCCCGCCAUGUCCUCUUAUCAGCGCGUCUCAUCAGCCCCCGGAUCUGGCAAUUUUGGUGCUCAGUCGCCGCCUCUUCAAUCGCCGCCGCUGCCCCAACAACCACAGGCAGCGUCCUCAUCGUCGUCGGCCAACAUGACCAGCUACACCAGUGCUCGUUUUCCCAGCCACUACUUCCCUCCCCAGUCGCCCACCAAUGAGCAAUCUACCUCUUCCGCCAACCCUUUCGCCGAUGGGCCACCGGGCUCGCGCUCUCGAAGCAGCACCCUCGGUCAGAAUUAUCCAAUCGCCAUCGCGCCGCCCAUGCCAAACUCACCUCCCCAGCAAUCCGUCCAACCACUCUUCGCCCAGCACAGCGGCCAUGCCGGCUCCUCGUCCCGCCCAGUUUCCCGCUCCGCCGCUUCUGGUGGCCCCGGCUCAAUGGGAGGGCCCAUGCCGUCAAUGCCCACGGGGAGCGGAGGGAGUGGUCCCAGCACCCGCCCCACCAGUGCCAAAUCCCCCUUCUCACCACCCAUCACCUCGCCGCCACGCAACCGCCCGCAUCAAAUCCUGCUGAUCAACCCCAACUCGACGCGCUCCAUGACCGAUGCCAUGCUCCAAUCCCUGCGACCUGUCAUUCCCCAGGGCGUUGAGGUGACAGGCUACACCGCCCCGUACCCGGCCCCCACAGCCAUUGAGUCCACGACAGAUGCAAUCAUGUCCACGGAAGCCGUGCUACGAGACCUGGCCAAACACGCCGCCUCCAACGGGGAGACGGUGCAAAACUACGACGGCAUGAUCGUCGCCUGCUUCAGCAAGCACCCGCUCAUCGACGCUCUGCGCGAGUCGUACGACGUCCCCAUCAUCGGCAUCAUGGAAGCCAGCGUCUACGUGGCGCGCAUGCUCGGCGGCCGCUUCGGCAUCGUCGCCACGGCACAGCGCUCCAGGAUCAAGCAGGACGACGACAUCGCCGCCUACGGACUCUCGCAUUUCUACGUCGGCAGCGAGGCCACCCACCUCGGCGUGCUCGAGCUCGAAUCCCGGCCCCGCGAGGAGGUCGCGAAACGCGUGGCCCACUGCGCUCGCGCGCUGGUCAUGAAGGGCGCCGACACAAUCUUACUGGGCUGCGCGGGGAUGGUGGACAUGGUCCGCGCGGCCAAGGACGCGGUCAGGGACGAGGACGGCCGCAGGACCGUCAAUGUCAUUGACAGUGUCGAGGCCGGUGUCAUGAUGAUGGACAGUCUGAUCGGUAUGGGCAUCCCCACCUCGAAGAAAGGCAUGUACAGGGGGGAGAAGGAGGGCAGGAGAACGAGAGGUCAGAACUGGUUGUGA